AGCUCUUUGAAGUUUAAAAAAUAAUCGUUAUUAAAAGCGAAUCAAAUAUGCCUUUGAGUCAAAGAGCUCUUUGUAACGGGGUAAAGUGCAUUUAUCUGUUGGGGCGGAGGCAUUGCAACAUCAAAGGGACAUACAUCAAAGGUCCUGCUCUCCUACCAUAAUAUAUAUAAUGCGGUGUCGACUGUGGAGUUCUGUCAAAGUUGCUUUGUUCUUUGGCCUUUCCAAAAGCUAUCUCCGUUGUUGGUCUUUGAUGUCCGUCCAUCUCCUUUUACUUAUAUAUUUGGAGUGAGCCAGCCCGCCAGUUUCAGUCGCGUCACAGUCGUCGUUCGUGCGAUAUGUCCGCCGCUAGGAAGUAACCGACGAUGAAGAUGAAAACUAGAAGGCAAGUCCUUAUAAAAAAACCAGCCAAAGUUCGAAUCGCUAGCGAAGCUGAUAUUAUUAAAAAGCUGGAAAUUUGGUACACGCGAUGGACGAAGAGUAUUGGGCGACCUCUUACUCCAUUAAACUUGAAGAAAAAAACUGUCAUGAUAUUGAAAAAGCUCAAAGUUUCUACAAAUAUCAUAUCUAUAAUCACGCUAGAUUGGAUUAAGAAGUUCAUGAAGAAUCGAGGUAACUUGGAAGGAUACAAUGAUGACGAAACUUAUGCUGGACUAUUGAUUCCGUUUGAUGUCAAUGGUAUUCCUGAUGUUACAUUGGAUACCACCGUAAAUCCAGACCGAAAAGUGUGGCUACUGAUGGCCGGCAACAAAAGUGGAAGACACAGGACCCGAGUAUUGGUUAUAGGUAAGAGAUGGAGACCUCCUUGUAUGGAAACAGUGAAUAUGUUGGGGCAGCCUGUGAUAUACGCAGGGGGAGGUGAUGGUUUUCCUACACAAGAUUUGUUUAAAUGGUGGUUUGAGACUGAAUUUUGUCCAGCUGCUCUGUCUAUCAAUUCAAAAGCCGUGUUGGUUAUGGAUAAAGCAGCUUUUAUUCCAGAAAAAUGCGAAUAUAACGGAGUCUCUUUACAAAAUCACGACGGAGAUUCAAUUUCUAAAUCUACAUUAUUUAUUGAAUUCAAAGCUACAUACACAGCUCUACUUCUUACUCAGGCGUCUUUAGAUCAACAAUCCGAACGGUCAAUUCAAAGAUUUUUAGGAAAAUAUACAUUAAAAGACGCGUUCAUUUUAUUACAUAGAGCUUGGUUACAAGUCACCACAGAAUCGUUUUCGACUUGUUGGAAAAAUUGUACUUAUACAUCAGCAAUGAAAGGUAUUAUUUUGGGUGUACAGUGGUUAGCUCAUGAUCUUGGACUAGAAGUAUCAGAUGACGACAUGCUGGUUUGGAUUUUAUCUAAUCCCGUGGAAGUCACUGAGCCAGAAAAUUUAUCAACGGAGUCCGAGGACAUUGAAAUUCCACCUUCUGCUAUGCAAACAGUGGAUUAUCUAAAAAAGGCGUUAUUAUGGGUCGAGACUCAACCACUUGAACCGUCGUUUGUUAUUGCGAUAAGGGACUUGAUAACUUAUGCUAAACAGGCAAGCAAGAUUGGUUUAGGACCAGCCCAUCCAUUCUUUUGCCACAACGGCGAACAGCUGGGUACCCAACCACCACCCGCCCAUAUGGGCAUACCUCCUUACCAACUUGACAAAGCACCCGGACUUCCAAGGCCUUCAAUGUACCCAUUCCCUACAGGCCAGUACCCUUAUCCGUUGUUAAGUCCGGACAUGUCACAAGUUGCAGCCUCAUGGCACACACCGGCCAGUAUGUACCAUCAGAUCUCAUCCGCGGCUGGAACUGGUUUCAGAGGAUCCUACCCACCUUCUUUAGGUUCAAGCCUAACUAGUGAGCUGUACAGGUUUUCACCGACGGGACUGAUGAGUGGUCCAUCACCUCAUCACCAUUUAUCCCAUCAUACUCAUCAUUCUCAUCCUGCGAUUGUAACUCCAGGAGUGAGACAAGACCUACAUACGGAUUCUAAUCACAGGCCGCAAAACGACCAUAGUAAAAACUCUUCGUGCUCAGACGGCUCCAAGCACCAUGAUACUGUCCAAAACAGUAAUAACCAAGAUAAAAAGAAGCCUCACAUAAAGAAACCUCUGAAUGCGUUCAUGUUGUACAUGAAAGAAAUGAGGGCAAAGGUGGUGGCAGAGUGUACGCUCAAAGAGAGUGCAGCUAUCAACCAGAUACUAGGGCGACGGUGGCACUCUCUGUCGCGAGACGAGCAGGCCAAGUACUACGAGAAAGCGCGCCAGGAACGACAACUCCAUAUGGAACUGUAUCCUGGUUGGAGCGCUCGGGAUAACUAUGGAUACGGCGCCAAGAAGAAGAAACGGAAGAAAGAGCGCGUACCGGUCAUAGAUGCUGGCUCAGGAGGUAAUAACAGCAUGAAAAAAUGCCGUGCGAGAUACGGACUCGACCAGCAAAGCCAAUGGUGUAAACCUUGCAGGCGCAAAAAACGUUGCAUACGGUACAUCGAGAGCGGCGGCGACUCGGGCAACCAGUCUGACGACAACCAGUCGACAGGCAGCCUGGGUCACUCGGACAACGAAGAGGCCGACUCGGCGUCCAGCCCCGGUGGCCUGAGCGCCCUGUCCAGCCUGACCAGCCCGGGGAUGUUGACGCAGGCCAGCCUGUCCCCGGCCACGCCGCUGACGCCGCACGUGUCCGAGUACGAGUGCCCGCCGAUGUCCGUGCGCAUGCCGUUGGCCGUGGUGGUGCCCACCAGGCACCACCAGCCGGUCGGCACCAACCCGCACGACAUCAACAACCCGCUCAGCGUCAACCAGCUGACGGGCGGCGUCGUCAACAACAAGUGCCAUAACAACCCCAGGGACCUGCUGCAGCAGCAGCAACAGCAUCAGCAGCAGCAACAGCAGCAGCAGCAGCAGCAGAACGAUCUGAAAACCGGCGGUGGCCCUAACAAUCAGCCCGAACAACAACAGCAACAGCGCCCCAACAACAGUAACCGGGCGCUGCCCGCCAUCAGCGUGACGUAGCGAAGCUAAUCAACAGUACGCGACAAUAAUAAUAUUGUAAUCGUGACGACGACCAUAAUUGUGUCGCACGCGAGAUGUCGCGAUAUUAUUGUUGUUGCGUACUAUGAUGUUUAUUAUUGUUAUUGAUAAUGACCCACCCGCUCAAUUUAUCGUAAUUUUUUGUUUUAUUCUCGGCGCAACGACGACGCAUGCGCAAUGCUAACGAAAUAUAGUUUUAAUAUUCGUGUUCAUAUUAUAUUCGUAAGCGUAUUGUGAAUGUAUUGCAGGACGGAAAUUAUGACGUGUUAUAUUCGGGGACGAUUGUAGGCAAAUAAACCAAAAAAAAAAUUUAAAAAAUACACGAGACGGUCGAGGCGGGACGCUCGCCAUUCGGGACUCGUCUGCUACUUACACAAUAUGACCGCAAAAUUCGUUCAAAACGACAAUGUUAUCGCUACUGUCGAUGUAUUAUUAUUGUAUUGCCAUUUCGAGAAUUUUCGCAUAGAAUCCCUUUGUGUACCUCAGAGACUAAACGCAAUUGUUUUAUAAUUAGUUCUUAAUCGUGUCGUGUGUGUAAUUCACGAAGAAUAAACGCUGUUUGUUUGCCACUAAAAAUUAAAAUUAAUGUUUAAAAAACAAACCCUCCCCCACAAAAAAAUUCACAACGCUUCGUUAUUAUUAUCAUUGUUUCAAUAUGUCCGUCAUCAAAUCAAAACAUAACGACGUUUGAACGAUAUUGUUGUUAUUUCACAUGGUUUUUAAUAAUAUUGUAUAACAAUGACGCGACGUAUGACACAAACGAAAUAAUAUUUUAAUCAACGCGUAUGACGACGGUUCGUUCGUAUUUAUAUACUUGUAUAAAAG